GGUCAACCAUUUGUUUAUCGGAGAAAUUUAGGUCAGUAGGAAUCUUCUAUAAAGCUCUUUAUGCUUUGGGAUCCAGCUGUGGAAAAAAAAAGACCACUUCUUAGGUAUGGCCUCACAAGUCUUGGUCUACCCACCAUAUGUUUAUCAAACUCAGUCAAGUGCCUUUUGUAGUGUGAAAAAACUCAAAGUAGAGCCAAGCAGUUGUGUAUACCAUGAGAAAACUUAUCCCCAGACCUAUGUGAAUGGUAGAAACUUUGGAAUUUCUCAUCCUUCUAUUAAGGAGAGUACUUUUCAGACAAAGAUACCAUUGAACAGAUCACGAGGACAUAACUUUUUGUUGCAAACAAAUACUGCUGCUUUUAAAAACACUGCAGGUGCUACCAAGAUCCUAGCUGUGCGGGCACAGCCUUCUCACGUGGAGGCACUUCCAUCUGGGGCCCGGGAAAGUGCCCAGCGAUGGGGAUUGAAGCGUAAGAGUAAAGAGCUGGAGAAUCAAAACAGCGCAAUGCAGAUUGUCGAUGAACUGUCUAUACUACCUGCAAUGUUGCAAACCAACAUGGGAAAUCCAGUGACAGUUGUUACAACUACGGCAGCAUCAAAGCAGAAUUGUACCAGUGGAGAGGGAGAUUAUCAGUUAGUACAGCAUGAAGUUUUGUGUUCACUGAAAAAUACAUAUGAAGUCCUUGAUUUUCUUGGGAGAGGGACUUUUGGCCAGGUAGUCAAAUGUUGGAAAAGAGGGACAAGUGAGAUUGUGGCAGUCAAAAUUCUGAAGAAUCACCCUUCUUAUGCACGCCAAGGACAGAUAGAAGUGAGCAUAUUAUCAAGACUCAGUACUGAAAAUGCUGAUGAAUUUAACUUUGUACGAGCUUAUGAAUGCUUUCAACACCGUAACCACACUUGCUUGGUCUUUGAGAUGUUGGAACAGAACUUAUAUGAUUUUCUGAAGCAAAAUAAAUUCAGUCCUCUGCCACUUAAAGUAAUACGACCUAUUCUUCAACAAGUAGCCACUGCACUGAAAAAACUGAAAAGUCUUGGUUUAAUUCAUGCUGACCUCAAACCAGAGAAUAUUAUGUUGGUAGAUCCUGUCCGACAGCCAUACAGGGUUAAAGUAAUAGACUUUGGAUCUGCUAGCCAUGUAUCAAAGACUGUUUGUUCUACAUAUUUACAGUCUCGGUACUACAGAGCUCCAGAGAUCAUAUUGGGGUUGCCAUUUUGUGAAGCCAUAGACAUGUGGUCGCUGGGUUGUGUGAUUGCUGAGUUAUUCCUUGGAUGGCCACUAUACCCAGGAGCACUGGAGUAUGACCAGAUUCGUUACAUUUCACAGACUCAAGGUUUACCAGGAGAACAGUUGUUAAAUGUGGGGACAAAAUCUACAAGAUUCUUUUGUAGAGAAACAGAUAUUUCACAUUCUGGUUGGAGAUUAAAGACUCUUGAAGAGCAUGAGGCAGAGACAGGAAUGAAGUCUAAAGAAGCCAGAAAGUAUAUUUUCAACAGUUUGGAUGACAUAGUGCAUGUGAACACAGUGAUGGAUUUAGAAGGAAUUGAUCUUUUGGCAGAGAAAGCUGAUAGAAGAGAAUUUGUUGGUCUGUUGAAGAAAAUGUUGCUGAUUGAUGCUGAUUUGAGAAUCACUCCAGUUGAAACACUGAACCAUCCUUUUGUUAACAUGAAACAUCUUCUAGAUUUCCCUCAUAGCAACCAUGUAAAAUCUUGUUUUCAUAUUAUGGAUGUUUGCAAAUCUCACUCAAACUCAUAUGACACAAAUAAUCGCAAUAAAACUUCACUUAUGAGACCAGUUGCCUCAGGCAGUGCUGCUAAUCUGACUGCAAAUUUCACCAAAAUAGGCACAUUAAGAAGUCAGGCAUUAACUACAUCUGCCCAUUCAGUUAUGCACCAUGGAAUGCCUGUGCAGACUGGGACUGCCCAGCAGACAUUGAUUAUCUGCCCCCCAGCAAUUCAAGAGAUUAUUCAUUGCUGCAAUGUACCUUCAGUGCCUGGGUGUGCUUAUAUUCCCUUUCUUGGAGAAUUUGCUGAUCAAGACAUGCUUUUUGGAAGGGGUAUUCCUACAAACCCUACUAAAGCUGGCAGUUAUUCAUUAAGGGUAGAUAAUGCAGUUCCACUGGUAACUCAGGCCCCACCCAUUCAGCCAUUACAGAUCCGGCCAGGUGUUCUUUCUCAGCAGACUUGGUCUAAUCGAACUCAACAGAUCUUGGUACCCCCCUGGCAGCAAGUAACACAUGUAGGCCCUUCUACUGUAGCACUGACUUCUGAGACUGUGGCAGGUCCACAAAGACUUGGAGACUGGGGGAAAAUGAUUUCACACAGCAAUCAUUAUAAUUCAGUGAUCCCUCAACCACUUUUAGCCAAUCAGAUAACUCUUUCGGCCCCUCAGCCAAUCAGUGUGGGCAUCGCACAUGUUGUCUGGCCUCAGCCUGCUUCUACCAAGAAAAAUAAACUCUGUCAGAACAGAGGUAUUUUGGUAAAACUAAUGGAAUGGGAGCCAGGAAGAGAGGAAAUAAAUGCUUUCACUUGGAGUAAUUCUUUGCAGAAUACCAAUAUUCCCAAUUCAGCAUUUAUUUCUCCAAAGAUAAUAAAUAUGAAAGCAGUUGAGCGAGUAAGUUGCACAGAAACACAGGACAAUCAUAACUCAGAAGAAAGAAAUGGUUGCAAAGCAUCACUGAGGGAGGACCCUGAUUCGUCAACUUCUGACAAGCAGCGGGACGCUGUCCUCAUUACUGACACCCCAAGCCCUGUAGUGAGCGUGAUCACUAUUAGUAGUGACACUGAUGAGGAGGAUGCAGCACAAAGUCAUUCGGUUAGAAACUGUAAAGGUAGUUUAGAUUGUGAAGCUUGUCAGAGCACUUUGAAUAUUGAUCGCAUGUGUUCAUUAAGCAGCCCUGAUAGCACCUUAAGCACCAGUUCCUCUGACCAGUCCAGUCCAUCUCCUGGCAAGAGACCUAACAGUAUGUCAGAUGAUGAACAGGAGAGUGGCUGUGAUACAGUGGAUGGCUCCCCAACCUCAGACUCUUCAGGACAUGACAGCCCAUUUGGAGACAGCAGCUUUGUAGAAGACUCCCCUCAAAUUACAGAGUCAGUAGCAGCUGUUGACCCAGAAGCCAAACCAGCUGUGUGUGCCGUGGUGGGACCUCCAGGGAGAAUGGAAAAUGGCCUGGAUUCAGAGGAGCGUAUGGCAAAUACAGAUUCCACAUGUCAGCCACUAGGAAAAGGUCGAUCUGCUCCUGGAAGAUUAAACCAGCCCUCUACUAUGAGUAACCGUCAGCAAAAACUGACAACAGCAUCCCAGCAGCAACAUUUGAAUUUCGGUCAGGUUCAGCACUUUGGAUCUGGGCAUCAGGAGUGGAAUGGAAACUACGGCCAUCGGCGACAGCAAGCUUAUGUCCCAGCUACUGUCAGCAGUCACCCCUUUGCCCUGUCACAGGGGAGCCCAAGCCACACAGUGGUGCGUGCCCCUCUGGCUGGGACCGCGCCUCGCGCAGGGCAGCCUGCUCUUCUUCCGUACCCGCCAGCUGCACCCCUUGCUACUGCUGCACCAGUCACCCACCUCUUGGCCUCUCCAUGUACCUCAAGACCCAUAUUACAGCAUCCAACCUACAGUAUUUCUCAUCCCAAUGGCAUAGUUCACCAAGUCCCAGUGGGAAUAAAUCCCCGUCUGCUACCUUCCCCAACCAUUCAUCAGACUCAGUACAAACCAAUCUUCCCACCACAUUCUUACAUUGCAGCAUCGCCUACUUACACUGGAUUUCCGUUGAGUCCAACAAAACUUAGCCAAUAUCCAUAUAUGUGAGAACUCAAAUACAGUAUAUUGAGGAAAUUCAGUGAUGCAAAUGGAUUAAAAACAAAAACAUGGUGUUUAAUAAAUAUUAGCCAUGGCACAAGAAAAUUAUUUUUUGAAUCAUGUAGACUUGGGUGCAAUUUAAACAACUUUGAGCUUUAAAAAAAACUCACUUUUAAUGUGUUUUGCACAUUUGGUAUAACUUGUCUUUGGUCAUGUUCUCUUAUACAGUUACUUAGACAGGUGACUUUUGGGAGCCGAAGUCCGGGUUUGCUCCUAUUAUUUUUUAUAAAAUUGCCUUCUGCUUAGUGCAAGACACGUCUACAUUUGGGAAGCCAUUCAGUGUACAGAUUUAGAGCAACAGAUGCACAUGUGUCAGACGUACAGUGUACAAGUAAACUGUUUGUGUUAUUAUCUAUGUCUUGGUAUUUAAACGUUGGGUCACCUAUCUAAAAAAGGCGAGCUAUUGUUCUCACAUUUGCAUGUGUCUUGCAUGGGCAAAAUGUUGCCUAGACAUUGCUCUUAAAUGUUGUCCUAAUAAUCUCAGCUGCAUUGUAAACUGUUCCCACACAUAGUGCCUUAAAUAUUUGAGGUUGUUAAUGUUACUACAUAUAUAUAAAUGUUGAGGACUGCAGCACUUAAAAUUCAGAUCUGCUGAUUUUUUUUGGUAGAGUGAUGUUCAUUUUUGGUUUUGUGUGGUAUAGUUUUUGGUAGUGGGUGUUUUUUCCUUAUCAAGAGGGCAGCAUGUUUUGCUAUAGCCAAAUUCUGCUGUCUCAUUUUUUUUAAAUGAUCUAGUUUGAAGAAAAGCAAGCAGUUAGUAAUGCUUAUGAAAAGUUGAUUCAGUAUCUUAUGGAUAGAUGAUAAGUAAACUCUCACAACUCAGCAUUUUAUACUGCUUAGUGGAACUGCAAUACAAUCCAAGGAGUUUAUUUUGGAAGGGUUCCGUCUAUGUGGAUUUCCUAGGACGUUUAGAGGUGCAGGAGGCAUAAUGUGGGACGAGAUAAGGAAAGGAAGUGCAAAAUGCUUGUUGAUUCAUGAUGUGAUUUCAUCUUAGCUUGAGCAAACCAUGCAGUAUUUAAUAAAUAGUAGCAGAAUAUUUACUAUUGAAGCUUGAAAAGAUGUGAGUCCUUUGUGUGAAAUCCUUCAUUUAUGCAUGUGAGAGCUUUUAACCGUUUUACACAAUGGUAUUUGUUUUAGCCUGUUGGUGGUGUGUGCUUAUUUAAUACAUUCCGUCAGGGACAAGAAAUUUUACGUGCUUUUUUUUUUCCCACAAAGUGUGUCUUGGGUUUCUUUUUCUUCUUGUGUGUGUGAUUGUGUGUGUGUGAUUGUGUGUGGUUCUGUUUAAAUGAAGUUGCUUUUGCAGCACCAAAGACUUAAUCAUCCAUUUCCUAUAAAAAGGUAGCUACUUUUUUGCAUAGACCUCAAGUAUAUCAUAGUUUAGAGAUGGGAUUUAGGGAAAGAUAUUAAAAUGAGGCUGUGUUUUAGCUUAUGGGCAAGUAAUAAGAUUUAUCAUUUAUCUUGAAUGUAUCAUAGAUAAGCUGCUAUAUAAUGAUUGCCACUUCAGAUAGCUGUGAAAUUAGAUGAUUAACUAGUUCUUAUUGAGCUUUCUAAUUUCUGUGUAAGUCUGAUUGAAUGAAAUAGAAGUGGGGAUUUUGAUUGAUACUUUGCUUUCUUGUUUGGAGUGUCAUUGUAACUACUGUAUUGUAAAUGAUGGAAGGUGAUUGCCUAUGUUAUUUUGGUGUGUGUUACUUGCAUCAGUAUUUUAUCAACAUUAACUUUUGAACUCAUCGCUGCAUAUAAAUGGGAUAUAUCGAUGUAACUUAAUUAUUUUUACGUUUUCAUACUGGCAUUGCGUAGACACUUGGAAGCUGUAUCUUGCAGGCUUGACUUAACUUUCUUUUUAAGAAACAAAAUCUGGAAUACAGUCUUUAGAACAUUUACUGGAAUAAACAGUGCAAACAAAGCAUUUGAGUUUUAAACUCCCCAAAUGUUUUGAAAUUUGAGCAUUUCUUUAAAUGAAUGAAUUUCAUACCACUAGUACAGCUGUCUUACCGAGUUGUCAGUAAGCUAAUAAGGGAUAUAUUUUUCUUUACUCCAUUAACACAAGCAGUGUUUUAUUUAAUGAAUAUCUAGGUGAAAUAAAUGUGCCUAAAAUUGAUUUUUAAACAAAAACAAACAACAGUAUUAGAUCACAAAAUAAUACCAGCAGUACAUUUUUAGAUACACUGAAAACGAAGGAGCUUAAUUUUUCCCACAAGUUUCAGUGUUUUUAGUAACCAACUCUAUGCAUUUUAUACAAAGUUAAUUGUAUAUAAAAUAGACAUCAAAAAGUGAGUAGCCUGAGAUGAAUUUAAAUAUGAUUUACACAUAUAAACAAGCAUAAAUUUAUGGAGUCAAGAAAAUAUCUAAAUGAACUUGUCAUGUGCAGUCACAGUCUUAUUUUAUUUAUAUAAUCCAGCAGAUUGUUGAUUUCUGCCACUUGGUCCUGGGAAUCAGAUUUUCUCGACGCAAAAUCCAUUGCUGGCAAUGGUUGUGUUGGGGACACCAACAGUAACUGUUUUCUUUUUGUUUGGGGCCAUGCAACUUUCAUUGCUCUGAUGUAUUUUAUUUCCUUGUGUUUUAAGUUGUGAGGCUGUGAUGAUACAUUGACAAGUGAACUCAAAACCUUAAUGUUGUCUUAAAAUACAAUGAAAUUUGUUACAGAUGUCCCCCA